AAUUGGUUGUAACUUUUCUGUAUUAAAUAUCUAAAAGGAACAUUUUGCAUUGAAAAUCUUCAGUCCUGAACAGUAAACAAACUAAAAAAUUCUGAAGACGAAGUACUAUUAAAACAAGACCAUGUAUAGGCAACAGAAUCCCUAUAGUAACCAGAACCAAAACAGCUAUCAAGCACAGAAUAAUUUUGGUGACCAAGCACAAGGAAGCUAUGCCAACCAAGCCCAAAGUAGUUAUGGCAACCAAGCACAAGGUAGCAAUGGAUACCAAGGACAAGGUACCCAUGGCAACCAAGCCCCCAAUAAUUAUGGAAACCAAACACAAGUAAGCUAUGACAACCAAGCACAAAAUAGCUAUGGGAGUCAAACAAAAGGUAGCUUUGACAACCAAGGACAUGGUAGCUUUGGCAACCAAGGACAAGGUAACUAUGGCAACCAAGGACAAGGUAGCUAUAGCAACCAAGGACAAAGUAGCUAUGAUAACAUGGCACAAAACACUGGUAGUUAUAACAGUGGUAGUAGACCAUCUAAUACUGGAAAUAUUUACCAGGGCGGUGAUAGAAUACAGAAUCAAGACCAAGGUUAUCAGAGUACACAGGGCCAGCAUGGCCAGUACCAAAACACACAACAAAAUAGACCAGUAUCAGGAAAUUCAUAUCCAAGGGAUGGCCAGGGAUCUUACCAACACCAAAAUCAGAAUGAUCCCCGUCUAGGCCCCUCUGCAGGCCCAAAUAAUCGCAGUAACAAAGCUUUUUAUCAAGAUGAGACCGAUGUAGAGCUAGAAAGACUACGUGCUCUCAAGGGAAGUGGUGGGGUUAGAGUUAAGACAAAACAGUCUCCAAAAACUCAAACAAGAAAUAUAUCAGAACACAAUCAGUACGCUGCAGAGGCGUCCCCCAGGCAGAGCUUGGGCCAGCACAAUAAAAGUAUGGAUAUGUACGCAUUGUACCAAAGACAUAAGUUUGAACCUUUUGAAUAUGUUAUGGAUUUGAUUUCACUUUACAAUGCAUAUGAGAAGGAUUACAAUAGUUUAACUGCUGGGAAAUUCUUCGAAAAAUACACACAUGCAUACGUCGAUGACCUAAAAAGGCGAUAUAAAAGAAAUGAACGAACAAGGGAUACAUUUAUGAAAUACAAACAUUUGAAGGAUGACCAGAACACUAUGACAGCGAGAGACUUUGAUAGGAAAUACCCAAAGUUGAAACAAGAAGAGAUCGUCACUCAGUACAAGGCUAUUCGGGACCAUACUGAGCUGGAGGAUCGUUACCACAGGUACUCUACUGAUAAAGAAAGUCUUACAGCCAAAGAGUUCAAUGAACGCUAUGAAUCAAGAUACAUAGAUGACUUGGAGAAGCGCUACCAGGCAUACCUAUAUGAUCAAGACUUGAGACCUGUAGAUGAACUGGACCAUGUUGAACGUGAAACAUUCUCCACAGCUCUCCCUAACCCUGCAGAACAGCCUAGUAAUAGAGAAAAGGGACUACCUGGCACAUACUUGUUGGAUGACCCUGUUGGCAAUGGUAGACGUAAAUCUGAACAUGUUAUGCCAUCUCGGGAGCGAGAAAGGUCAAGGUCUUCUCAUGAUGCAAAUAUUCCAAGCUUAUCUCGUGAUAGAGAUCAAUCCCAAUCAUCUCGGGACAGAGAGAGGUCCCUGUCAUCACGAGAUAGAGAGAGGUCCCAGUCAUCACGAGACAGAGAGAGAUCCCAACCAUCUCGAGACAGAGAGAGAUCCCAUUCAGCCCGAGAGAGAGAUGGACCUUCAAGGCAAAAUGAUAACAUAGUGAGCCCAAGGGUUGGAGGAGCUAUUAUAAGGGAUAGAACUGGAGAUGCUUGGCCACCUAGAAAACGUGUAAUUGAUCCAAUUCUGGAUUAUGAUGAACCAAGUGCUAAAAGGUCAGCCCAAAGUCAAAAUGCGGACUUCUUAGGUGAAUGUAAAACCCUCGAGCAGUCCAUGCGUCCCCCCAAGAGUCAAGCAAACAUACAGAUGGGAUUAAAUGAGGCCCAAAUGUCUAAAUUGCGCCAAAUUGAGAAGUCUGUGAAGCAGCAUAAGGAGACAGAGAACCCAAAUGUGCCCUCUUCAGUGAAACGUAUCAUUGAUGAUACAAUGAAGUCUUUAGUUAGCCAACCCCUACAGGGUGAAGACCUGUCCCAUGUUAUGGGUACAGCCAUGUUGAAGAUAGCAAAGGAGCUGCAGGCUUCUGGAUCGAAAGGCUCUGACCAACAAUCCACCAUUGACCCAGUGCCAACAAAUAUUAUACGUGUAAGCAAGCAAGACCCAAAGAUCACUGGAGACACAGAACCUUGGGGAAAAUACACAUAUAUUCUGAAAGACAUUUUAACUAUGAAGUGCUCAAGGAAACGAGAAAAGGCUACAUCAGUACUUGUAUAUAAGCUGACCAAGCAACUAAGACAUUUAAAUAAACAUUAUCAAAGAACUAGUAGUAGACAAUCUGAGAGUUCCACCUCAAAGUAUCCAUUAUUCCCCCCAGUAUCUAUUGAGUCAAUACACCCUAAACAGACAGAUCCAAGAUCAAAGGUCUAUGAUUCUAAAUCCUUAUGGGGUAAAGAAAAACAUGUAUCCACUGUACAGUUAGGUAAGGUUAGUAGCAGUAGAAAGUAUAAUGAUAGUGAAUUGGAAGAUGGUGAGAUUAGAAUAGAUAGUGAUUUUAGAUCAGAUAGAAGGUAUAGUAGAGAGCAUAGUAGAGAUAGAGCAGAUGGUGAAAUUAGGAGAGGAGAUGGUGAUACAAGAUAUAGCGGAGAACAUAGUAAAGAGAGAACAGAAAGAUCUAAAAGUCCAGAUAUAGGUAGUCACCAACAACAGUCAGAAAAUGAUGUCCCCAAAGUAAAGUUCUACAUGCCAAAGCCUGCUGGGGUUACAGAAAAACAAAGUCCUCGCAAGGAAAAGUCAAAACCUGCGAGGGUGGAGAAUGCAGAUACAAGUUUGAUAACUGAGACAAACAUAUCAAACCUGCUGAAAUGGUUUGGUGUGAACACAAAAGGAGAAAGGGUGACAUCAACUGGUAAAGACAGGCGUGAAAAGAUUCCAGGCACAGAUCGAGAGAAACAAACAGAACCUGCUAUCAAUCCAGUCAAUCAGAUUCAGCAAAAGGAUUCAACCCGCAAGCCAAAGAAUGUUAAGAGUUUGAAUGUUACUCAUAAUGUACUUCAGGUAUUCAAUGUUAAAGAUGGGCCACCUGACCAGGAUGUAUCAGAUGCCAAGGUCUUACCAAACAGCCAGAAUGUUAUGCCCCCGGUUCAGAAUAGUCAACAAGUUCAAUACACUAAUGUAAUGCCACACAGACAAAUGGUAUCACAAAGUCAAAUGAUGAUAAUGGGACAACACAAUAGGAAUGAGCAAGGUCAAAUGAUAGUACAAAGGCCAAUGUGGCCACAAAAUCAAAUGAUGGCAAAUCCACAAAUGUCUCCUCAAUGUCAAAUGAUGCCAUUUAGACAGAUGACACAUCAAAGUCAGAAUAGACCUUUUGGACCAAUGGGACCCCUUGGAACAAUGGGACCCUCAGGACCCAUGAGACCCCCUGGACCCAUGAGACCCCCUGGACCAAUGGGACCCUCUGGACCAAUGGCACCCCCUGGAUCAAUGGGACCCUCUGGACCAAUGGGACCCCCUGGAUCAAUGGGACCCUCUGGACCAAUAGGACCCCCUGGAUCAAUGGGACCCCCUGGAACAAUGAGACCCCCUAGAUCAAUGGGACCCCCUGGAACAAUGAGACCCUCUGGACCAGUUAAUUUACGAGGCAGAUUGAUACCUAAUAAGCAAAUGGCUUCACAACAAAUUAGACCUCUUUUGAAUAUAAAUGAACAAAGUAAAUCUAUGCAACAAGGACCAAUGGGUCCCAAAGAUGGAAAUAGGUUCCCAGGACAAGUUAAACCAGGCAUGGUAACUUCAAGGGCAGAAGCUAUGGAAACAAAAUCACAAAUAGCAUUCUUGAAGGAACAAAGAAAACAUUAUGACACCUUUCAGCAAGUGAAAUAUGAGUUCCUUAGAUCAGGUGGAGGGGACAAUGUGUUCAAUAAGCUGAGUGAGGCUUUUUUCAAAUUAGCAUCCCAUAUCCAGGCUAGUGAGAUAAAGCAAGCUUCAAGUCACCAAAAUACAAAACUUUUGACUGUUUUAACUAAAGCCAUGGAUAUGCAGAAAGCAAAUCCCAAAAUUGCAUUGAGGGCAUUUAAUAGGUAUGUAACUAAAAUCACUACUGCUUUGGAAGACUUCACAAAUGAUACCAUAUUGAAAAAAAUGUUUAAAGAUCUGGGCCCACUUGAACAGAAAAAAGCCAUUGAGCUUGUAUCAAUUCAAGAAAUGACUGAACUUGAAUCACAUUUGAUCAAAUUACAACAACUGGACCAAUCUGAGGAAAGUAUUUCAAAUAGAAAAAGAAAAGGGCUUGGGAUGAAGGAGGAAAGCCUUUCAAAGAAACUGAAGGGAUAUAAUGAAACUGCCAACUUUGACCAAGAGUGCCAAGCUUUAAAUGUAAUGAAGAAGCAGGAUAUAUCUGGAAAAACAAAAAGAGGGGUAAGAGCAGGGAAAAAUGUUCAAGAAAAAAGGAAGAAAAAAAUGGCCACGAAACUACAAGAAAGUAAUGAAACUGCCAAGUUUGGCCAAGAAGAAUCAGUGUCAACUACAAAUACCAGACCUGUUGUUCCUUUAAUGGAUGUGAUACUCAACGCUGAAGACGUUCCUGUCCCUGGCAAUAAUUGCGACAGUGACACUUUAGAACUGCAGGAGAGGGAUAUCAAGACUAACAUUGGAUUCAAUCCAGCCCCUGCCAAUGGAGGUAAUAGUAACAUUAAUAGUAACAUCAAUACUGAGAAUGUUGUUCCUUUGAUGGGCUUAAUUUUCAAGGAAGAUGAUAUAUCAGUUGCUGACGGGGAGGUUGGCAAUGGUAGCCUGCCAGUAGAACUGAAGAGGAAGACUUUCAAAACCAAGAGGGAACCAACACACAACAAUAAAGUUGUUCUUGCUGAUGAGUGUGACAGAGACACUUUAGGACUGGAGAAGAGAAAUGUAAAAACUAAUGUGAAAUUGGAAUCCCCAUCUGACAAUGAAGAUGAUAGUAAAAUUAAUACUGAAUGUGUUGUUCCUUUAAUGGACAUAAUUGUCAAACCUAGACAUGCAGAUGAUGAAUGCCCUCCGAGAACUAAAAGAGAAGAAGUUGGAGAAUACAAAAAAAGGAAGUUCUAUAUUUUACGAUUAAUUAGACAAAAGGGAAGUAAAUGUAUACCAACAACGAUGUUAAAGCCUUUUAGGAGUAGCUUUUCAAAGUUGCCCC